UGCGUGGCUGACCGUCCAAGCCAAGCGGAGGAAACAACGCGAGGCGCCGCGUCAAAACGCAACGGCAGCGCCCGCCCUUCCGCCAAGACCCCGUUCCCGUUCAUGUGGGCGCUCGCCUUUGCCGUUCCCGUUCCCGUUCACCCAUAAACACCACCUCCCCCGCAUUACUGCGCUCCCUCCCAUCUCCGCCUCCGCUUGCUUGCUGCUGCCCUGCCCCUGCUCCGGCUGGGACGAGCCUCCUCUCCUCCCUCCUCGUCGCGUCCCGCAUAACUGUGCCUGCUGCUCCUCGCCGCGCCCCACCGCUCAGCAGCCCACACUGCCCCGAUCCCGCCGGAGUGCCCGCGGCGCCCGCACACGCGCCCUUGCCUGCGCCGACCGGCCGCCGGCGAGGGGUGUGGGCGCUUGGUCGACGUGACCUCCGCAGGCGCGCUUGGUGUCUUCGUCGUCCGGCUGGUUUCUCGCCAGCCUCGCUGCCCGCGAGUGGCGUCGUGUCGGCGGUCCAUGCCGGCGGCGGUGCGGGAACAAGGCGAGGGCGGCGCGCCUUGUCGCCGUGCGGACUGACAUGACUUGAGCCUUGAGGUGCGUGCGGUUGCUGGCUAACCUGCUGGAAAUAACAUGGGUGAUAAAAGGGAAUGGGAAUGGGGUCAAAUUCAGGAGAUGAUACUCAUACUACCAGAAUUUUAUCAACCAAAUCAAGAAGCUGAGGUCCCUGUUCUAAUUUUGUGAAAAACGGGCAUGUGUCAAAUCUGGUUCGGUAACUGUUCACUCAUCGCCCUCUUCGUCGCCGGUGUACGCGGUGCCGAAUCGGCGUCCGGUAUCCAUCCCACCGAAGCACGCCAACCACCCCGAGCGCUCUACCCUCGUUGUGUUUGCUGAUGCUGCCUCCCCUCCCUUAAUUGGUAUGUCAUGGCGUGGAAUGGGAGAUUCAUCCAGACUUGGAUAGGUUUCUUUCUUUGUUAAGGAUCCCAUACUUGCUUGGAGGAAUUUUCCUGGAGUGGGGUUUUGUUCUAGGAGAUCUUCUGUGCGAUAUUAGGAUGUGUACAGAGGGGCUGUAUUCUUGUGUAUAGGUUCUCUUUCUAUUGAUCAACUCUUGCUGAUUCUGACGGAAUGUUGGAGGGUCAAUCUUGGCUGAUAUCAAGGUCGCUGCCGAGUUCCUGUGAGCAGGAAUCCAGACUAGCUUACAUGACUUACCACCUACUUGAGAUCACAAGGAGUAAGCGCCCUCCUGGGACCCUGUCUAUUGAGCACGACGUUGCUGCGGUGGCUGCAUUGACUAAACGGAUCAAGUCCGCUGAGGACCAAAACGGUGAGGCACUGGAUUGUCAAGGAAGUAAUGAUCAGGGCGACUCAGAUUCAAGCACCCUGAUAAGUUCUAUUGGACGGGACAACUCAAUCAACUGCCUUGCUCGUUGUUCUCGUUCUGAUUAUGGUUCUAUCGCAUCACUCAACCGGAGCUUCCGAUCAGUUGUCCGCAGCGGUGAACUGUACAAGGAGCGUCGACAGCUGGGGAUUUCAGAACACUGGGUCUACUUCUCUUGCAAUGUGCAGGAGUGGGAGGCGUAUGACCCCUACCGUUCACGGUGGAUGACGCUUCCAAGGAUGCCCCAUAAUGAAUGUUUCAUGUGCUCUGACAAGGAGUCACUUGCUGUGGGCACUGAACUUCUGGUGUUUGGAAAGGAGAUUCAAACACAUAUUAUUCUGAGCUAUAGCAUUCUGACAAAUUCAUGGUCGCGGGGUGUUGAAAUGAAUGCCCCUAGAUGUUUGUUUGGAUCAGCUAGUUUUGGAGAGAAAGCAAUUAUAGCUGGAGGCUUCGGUGCUGAUGGAAGGGUGCUUCGUUCUGUUGAGCUGUAUAACUCGGAAACUAAGAGAUGGAUAACACUUCCAAGCAUGAAUAAAGCCAGGCGAAUGUGUUCUGGUGUCUUUAUGGAUGGCAAGUUCUAUGUAAUUGGUGGAAUGGCCAGUGACACAGAAGUGCUUACUUGUGGAGAAGAGUAUGAUUUAGAUAGAGGUACCUGGCGGGUGAUAGAGAACAUGUCUGAGGGGCUCAAUGGUGCAAGUGGUGCUCCUCCACUUGUCGCUGUUGUUGAAAAUGAGUUAUAUGCAGCACAAUAUGCCGGAAAGUUAGUAAGAAAGUAUAAUAAAACGGAUAACUCAUGGACAACAUUGGGGGAGUUACCAGAGCGGCCAGAAGCUGUGAAUGGCUGGGGUAUUGCAUUCCGGGGCUGUGGAGAGCGGCUUUUGGUAAUCGGUGGACCAAGAGUGUUGGGUGGUGGGAUGAUCGAGCUCCAUUCUUGGAUCCCAAGUGAGGGGCCAUUGCAAUGGAACAUGAUCGGAAGCAAACCUUCAGGUAACUUUGUUUAUAACUGUGCUGUCAUGGGGUGCUGAUAUAUGCACCCUCAAACAUACUGUCGACACGGAAGAUUAUGAUAUUGGUUUUAUCAAAUGGCAUAAAGCACUGAUUCCACCUGAUGGGUAAUCUCUGCAUUCUUUUUGACAUUUCAGAUUUUACUCAAGGUUCAAUAGAGUAGUCAGUUCCAUGUGUACUCGUUAAUAGUUACCCAUUGGUUUCUGUUUUCAGCACAUUUUAUUUGCAGUUGAUGAUUUGUACCUUGCUCCAUAUACUCUGUUGAAAUGAGUUUUCUGAGAUGGUUGCAUAUAGGUGAUAAAUUGUAAUUGAGGUAACUGUGCAUCUAUAUGAUUGUAUCCUGUUGUGCACCAUGUCAACGCUGUAGUUCCAUUGUGCAAA